AUGCCUAUGCUCCAGCUCCCUUCCGUCCCUGCUCACCACGCCGGCAAGAUGACCGACUACCUCCUCCACAACAGCGAGCACUUCUUCCCACCCCUGAACGCCGUCUGCACUCUCAGCAAUCUGGCCGUCACAGUGACCGCAUUCUUGUACCGCGAUUCGUCUCGUGUGGCUGCUGAGAAGCUUCCCUACGUAGCAACGUGCUUUGGUAUGAGCAUUGCGACGACUGCGUAUGCCUUGUUGAUCAUGGUGCCCAUGAACAGGCGUAUGGGUGUUAUGGCGAAGAACCUGGAGGUCAACAACAGUGAUGAUAAGAGUGAGAAGGAGUUGAGGCAGUUGCAGAAGAAGUGGACGGCCCUUAAUUAUGCACUCGCCGCCGACCCAGUAGCACUAGUCGAAGCCUUACUCGCACUGCUCAAAUAUGAGCUCGCACUCGCAUCCGCAGCCGUCAACCUCGAACUCAACGAACUAGCCUCCGCACUCAAGGAACUCGCCUCAGCCCCCGAAGCUGUCUUGGCUUCGGAUGAAAGGGCUGAUAUCUCCGAAGACGCCAUGGCGUUCGCGCUGGAAAUGAGGGAGCCGGCGUCUAGACCCGAAGUCGCGGAGGCGAUGGCGGCGGAGAGGGAGGAGUCGGCUGUGAUGAGGGCGGAGGAGGCGGCGGCUAGGUUCGAGGUGACUUGGGAUUGGAUUGAGGAGGCGAGGUCGCUGGGAAGGCCGGAGGAGGCAGCGGCUAGGUUGGAGGAGACUUGGGAUUGGAUUGAGGCGGCUAGGUCGGUGGUGGUUUGGGCGGAGGCGGUGUAG